AUGGCAAAGGAUGACCUGGAACUGUCGAUGGAAGAAGCUAGAGCUCCCCUCUUCACCCGUCUGAAAUGGAGGAUCAGGGACGGACUUGACUACUUCAGCGAGUUGACCUUCCCGCGUAUCAUGUACCAUGUGGUGUCCUGUCUCUACUUUGCCUUCAUCUUGUAUCUCACAUACUGCGUGCUGCCCUUGUCUGGGAAUUGGACUCCAAUCCGACAAUCCGACCGAAUACCUGCUGUCUCCCAGGAUCUGAACAGUUACUUCGGCUCCUUUCGUGGAUCCUCCGAGUGCAAUAUUCGCGCCGUCGAUCUGUACCACGCUCCUUCGCAAGGUCGGCCAUCACAGGGUGCUCGUCAUGUCUACUGUCCUCGACGCAAGGAACUCCUGGAAGCCAUGUCAAAUGGGGGACGGAUCGGGUUUGAUGCACCAUACUUCCCAAGAGACUGUCAUUACCGCUGGUACUCGGUGGAGGAAAUCUGCAUGAUCCUGGAACGCUUUGACGCCGUCGUCUUCGCGGGCGACUACAGCCUCCAGGCCAUCUAUAACGGAUUCAGCAUCCUCCUCCGACAAGACUUGACUCACGGGGCCCUGAAGACCUGGAACAUGGAUAAGGAAACACUUCGCCAAUGCAGCUGUGGCAGUCAAUUCACCUCGCAGACCUGUUCCGAGCACUUGAUCACGUCGAGUGGCGAACUUACCGGCCAUCCCUCAGGCCGAGCCGACCGACCCUACCUCUGCAGCCGAACAGCCCAUGCCUUCCUCGACGUCAACACCUCCCCAGCCCCGUUUCCAGUGAUUGAAAAGUUCAAGCAGCUGGUCCCUCGCGUGGCACGGUCCAACUAUCACCCGAUCCCCAUCGUCCACGGUCUGUCUCCCAACACAGCGACUCCGGAGACCGCCAUUUCCUCGCUCGAAGAGUUCCUGGGCCUCGCCGACUCGUCCCACAGGAAGACACCCAUGCUCUGGAUCGGCCCCAGUGCUUCGGGCCACACCGAGAUCCGUGGCAGGAAGGGCAACCAGGAGAUAUGGGACUUUGACCGCCGUCUCGCUGGCGUGGCGGAGGACAACGACGUGGACGUGAUGCGGAUGUGGAACAUGACCGUGCAGGCCAACAGUUGGGACGGCGUGAGGUUUGGGCAGAAGGUCGCGAUCACCCAGGCGAUGAUGGUGCUGAACUGGUUGGCACGGUUACCUUCUAGCUGA